UCCCAGAAGCCCAGAGGAGCACAGUACAGCGCUCGAAUCGGAAUAGUUGACUCAGGAAAUUGGAACAGUGCAUCGCUUCAACCAACCAUGUCCUCCGCCGCCGCCGGCCAAGCCUCCUCCUCCUCCUCCUCCCCGGCCUCUCAAUUUCGCUACGACGUCUUUCUGAGCUUCAGAGGAUCCGACACUCGCUACGGCUUCGUCAGCCAUCUCUACAACGCUCUCAAGGAGAAAGGGGUCAGCACUUUCAAGGACGACCAGAAGCUGGAGCGCGGCAAGCUGAUUUCGCCGGAGAUUCUCCGCGUAAUCGAACUGUCUAGGUUUUCAAUCGUCGUUUUCUCCAAAGAUUAUGCUUCCUCUCCAUGGUGCUUGGAAGAACUCCAGAUCAUCAUUCAGUGUAUGGAGCACGAGAACAAGAGCCACACUGUUAUCCCGGUCUUCUACAGCGUGGAUCCAUCGGAUGUCGGCGAGGUCCGGAACAGUUACGCGGCUUCGUUUGCUCAACACGAGGUGGAUUUCCCCGAUGAUGCUGAAAUGCUCCGGAAUUGGAAGGCUGCUCUCAAGAAGGCCGCCGAAUUAAGCGGCUGGGACUCGCGUCAUAAGGAGGAACCAGCUCUUAUUCAGGAGAUUGUGGAAGAUGUAGUGAACAAGUUGGGUCGUCGAUUCUCAAACAAGCCUUCAGGACUGGUAGGAAUUGAGCGACGAAUCAAGGACGUGGAGUUGCUGCUAAGCACAGGUUUGGUUGAUGUUAGAGUGGUUGGAAUUUGGGGGAUGGCAGGAAUUGGUAAAUCCGUUCUUGCCGAAGCUGUUUACCACCACAUCUCUCAUAAAUUCGAUGCUUGCUGCAUUCUUAAGAACGUUAGAGAUGUUGCAGAGAAACGUGGCCUCGAUCAUCUGCGCAGAAAACUCCUCUCUGCUUUGAUUGCUGAAGAUGGUCUGAGGAUUUUGGACAAGAAUUUGGAUGUACUAAUGAGGGGAAGGCUUCGCAACAAAUGUAUCCUUGUUGUUCUUGAUGAUGUUUCUAACGUAAAUCAAUUGACAAGCUUAGCAGGAGAUCGCGAUUGGUUCGGACCAGGGAGCAGAAUCAUCAUCACAAGUAAAGAUAAGCACUUGCUGGAGCAACAUGAGGUGGAUUCAGUUUAUGAGGCUAAGCCUUUAAGUGAGUCGGAAUCGCUUCAGCUCUUUUGCCAACAUGCUUUCAAGAAGCGUUCGAGGAUGCAGGAAUUUAUGGGAUUGUCUCGGACUGUUGUGAACUAUGCUCGUGGUCUUCCUUUAGCUCUGCAAGUUUUGGGAUCUUCUUUGUUCAACAUGGACAGAGGUGAUUGGGAGAGCAAGUUGAAGGUCUUGGAAGAAUUUCCACCUCAGGACAUAGUCCAGAUCCUGAGACAAAGCUUUGAUGUGCUUGAUAGGUCCGAGAAGAACAUAUUCCUCGAUGUUGCUUGUUUCUUUAAAGGGGAGGAUGAGGAGUAUGUUGUGAGCAUACUAGAAGGUUGUGGUUCCUCUGCACGCUAUGGACUGAAAGUCCUCCUCCUGAAAUCUCUCAUAACCAUCCAAGACAACAAAGUCUGGAUGCAUGAUCUGUUGCAGCAGAUGGCAUGGGAAGUUGUCCGACAAGAGUCUUUGCAUGAGGUUGGAAUGCGCAGCAGGUUGUGGAAUCAUCUGGAUGUGUGCGAUGUACUAGUGCAAAACACGGGUACGAAAGAUGUUGAAAGCAUUGUCCUUGAUCUUUCCAAAGUUAAGGAAAACAUGUCUCUCAAAGGUGGAGCUUUCCACAAGAUGAAUAGGCUCAGAUUGCUUAAAGUCUGUUAUCCUCACCAUUCUGGAGGUUCUGAGUACGUACUCAACAAAGAACCAUCCCUUGACAUGGAUGAAAACAGGGGAAAUGAUGCUCAGCUUUCUGGGAAGUUCAAACCUCUUGUUCGUAAGUUGGAGAGUCUUAGAGUAAUGGACACCACAACAGAAGGCUCUUCUAGGUUGCAUAUGGCAAGUAAGUUGACAGCUCUUUCAAAUGAACUGAGGAGCCUACACUGGCACGGGUAUCCAUUUGAGUCCUUGCCUGCGAACUUUUACCCACGCAACCUCGUGGAAUUCAACCUGUCAUUCAGUAGCUUGAAGAAUUUAUGGAGAGGAAACAAGGUUUUUGAUAAAAUGAAGUACAUGAAAGUCAGCUACUCGCAGAAGCUGGCACACUUACCAGAUUUCUCGGGGGUUCAGAACCUUGAGAUACUAAUUCUAGAGAGCUGCGUGAAGCUAAUCGAGGUUCAUCCUUCUGUUGGGUUCUUGAGAAAGCUAGCUUAUUUGAAUCUGAAAGGUUGCAGAAGCUUGCUGUAUUUACCGCCCACCAUCGGGAUGACAUCUCUGGAGACUCUCGUACUGUCUGGGUGUUCGAAACUAAACAAGUUCCCGGAGUUGGAAGGCGAUAUGGGACGCCUGUCGGAGCUGCUUCUGGAUGGCACGGAUAUAUCAGAGUUACCGGCGUCAAUUCAAAAGCUUACCGGCCUUGUCACCCUGAGCGUCACAGGAUGUAAACGCCUGGAAUUUAUCCCAGAGGGGGUCGGGCAUUGCCGUGGCUUGACGAUUCUCCGCCUUACAGGCUGCGAGAAUCUCCGGCGGGUGCAGUUCGAGUUGAGCUUGCUGGAAAAUCUGGAGGAAUUUCAUGGUGAAGGCACGGCUCUCGAACUGAGCCAUCUGAUAGGUGGUGGUUAUUUGGAGAAGCUGAAGGUUUUUACACUUCGAAGAUCUGGAAAGAGUCCGUUGUCGUUGAUUCAAACCCCUCGGCGGGAUCCUUUCCCAGUCGUGGAACCCUCCGCCAGUGUCGGAAGUCCUCAUUUUAUCCACUACGCUGUCUUCCAGAUGCUUUCUUCACUAACGAGCCUGGAUUUGAGUUACUGCAACUUGCCAAAUCUCUUAUGUGAUCUCACUCAGCUCGCAUGUCUGACGAAGUUGGAUCUAUCUGGAAAUCACUUCACCAGGUUGUUCAAUGGGGCACUCCCCAGAAACCUGCAAGUUCUAAUUGUGUCCAGUUGCAAGAACCUUUAUUCCAUACCUGCCCUGCCGCCGGCUACAUACUGCUUGGAAGCAUCCAACUGUCAAUCGUUGGGUUGGAUGGAACCACCGGGGGGCAAUGAGUCGGCGAGAAUGCGGGGUAUUAACCUCAUGAAUUGCUUGGCACUGGGUGCUAACACCGAAGCUCAAGUGGCUGUUGAGUUGAUCAAAACUCACGCACAUCAGACUCCUUCCCACCCUGUAAGCGAGCUGUCCAUCAUCAUUCCAGGAAGCAAAAUCGUGGAAGAGUGGCGUCGUUAUGAGCACAUGCAUUCAAUGACAACGGUCGUAGAGCUUCCCCCGGAGUUCCACGACUAUCCUCUCAAAGGCGUGGCUCUAUGGGUUACAUUCAAUGUAGAAAGCUUCACCGCCAGGGCCAACCUGAGUCUCGACUUCCAUUUUCGUAGCGGCGGCGAGAACAUCAUCUCCGAAGUAGGGUUUGUGGUGAGUAAAGGUACAGAAGUACGCACGAUGCACAUGUGGCUGCGUUUCGUCCCGGUGCUGCUGUUCAAGUCGGUACGAAAUCGGGACUAUCCGACUCCCGUGGAUCUCGUCAUCGUGACGAACAGCUCCGACUUAUCGGUGAACAGCUCCGGUCUGUAUCCUAUAUGUCAAGACCAACAAGGUAUGUUACUGGAUGUUAUUCCUAGUAGUACAGGAUUGUAAGCCUUUCCUUUUCUCGUAAGAUUUGAUACUUUGGAGGUUGGGGCAGUGGUAGGAGUAGGUUCGUUGAAGACUUGUGGGAUUUUGGGAGAGGAAUUCGGUUACUGUGCAUGUUUUGAGUCCUGUAAACUCAUCUUUGUUAAGCAAAGGUGAAGAAGGGAGAAGCAAUAAUGUUUGGGCAAUUGGCUUAAUGGCCUUUCCAUUCAGCUACAACAACAAUGUAUAAUUUGUACAGUUUGUGAAAGAGAGGCUCUACUACACUGAGCUAUUGCUAAUCUAAUUGUACAGCAAAAGAACGACUAACUAAUCUUUACAAAUGGAC